AUGCUCAUCCUCACCAACCAUGAUGUGUCCAACAUCCUCCUCGACCUUUCAUCGGAACAAGUUCGCCAGCUUUUGAACUCCCUCGGCGAGACUUUGAGCGUUUAUUCCAGAGAGCAACUAUUAGAUGACCCCAAAUGCCUACAUCAACCACACCGAAGCAGUGUUGUGACAAAACACAAUGAUACGACCUUAGUGAUGCCUUCAUCGGACACCACCAAUACGGGAGUUAAAAUCGUCACACUGCCUCACAAUGGAUCAGCUACGGGUGCCAUUUUGAUUAUGGAGCCCACGGGCCAGGUCGUGGGAAUGUUGAAUGCUGCCGAAGUCACCGCAUUCCGGACGGCGUUAACCAUCAUGACUCUCUUUGUACGGGUGACACAUAUCCCCAAGGAGAACAUCGUUUGUUUCGGAUCUGGGCGACAAGUCGAGUGGCAUAUCCGCCUCGCACUCCUUCUGGCACCCACCGAGAUUCGAAAUAUCACGAUCUACAAUAGAGGCCGGUCUCGCUUGGAUCAGCUAGAGAAAGAGGCAAUUGCUUGUCUACGCACCCGCUAUCCCCAGGUCAACUUCCGGCUUGUUUCUAAAGAGGCAACUCCGGACUUUGAUACUCUGGUUCAGCUAAGCCUCAGCUUAGCAGAUGUGGUCUUCUGCUGCACCCCAUCCACUGAACCGCUUUUCGCAUUCCGAGACCUGGCUUCCACGUCCAAGCCCAGGUUCAUCUCGGCCAUCGGUUCCUAUCAGCCCCAUAUGCACGAGAUUGAUACCGAAACACUGCUUUCCGGCGGGCAGAUCUUUGUUGACUCUAAAGAUGCAUGCCUACAGGAGUCCGGGGAGCUCAUCACUGCAAAUGUGAAACCUGACCAAUUGGCAGAAAUCGGCCAGUUCCUGGCCUCGGAUGAUAGUCCUGGCAUACCAUCUACAGGAAACAUAAUCUUCAAAUGCGUUGGAAUGGGUAUCAUGGAUCUUGUGAUUAGCAGGGGUCUGCUUGGCAUUGCAGACAAGGCGGCCAUUGGACAAACCGUGGCUAAAUUCUGA